CAAGCAACCAGGCCUCCUUCUGAGCUUCCGCAAGCCCCAGCUUCUACCCAGGACUCUUCCUGCCUGCCAUAAAACCAUGAAGCCAUCCACCCAAGCAGUCAACCUUACAGCCAUCCGCCCAGACCCUGUCUGACCAUUCUUGACACCAGCAGGUGCCGGGACCCAAGAUGUGUUCAUCCUGGAGGCUCCUCAUCCUCCUCUCAUUCCUGGCUCUGCACAGCCUGGCCCAGGCCCAGUCAGACAGCAAGUCCACCCUGGCAAGAAUUAUUGCCCUAGGCCUCAUGAAGCACAAUGCAGAGGACCAAAUCCAGAGCAUCCACCUCCUGGAGAGUCUGAAUGGCUCAAGGAAGGUGGUCCCCAGGAUGGUGGGCUGGCUGAUUGGUGGCAUGAAACUCCAGCGACAGCAAGAGAUCAGCAUCAACAUCACCAACGUCCAGCUGGACUGUGUUGGGAUCCAGAUGUCUGUCCAUAAGGAGUGGCUUUCUACAAACAUCUCACUUGAGUUUGACAUUGAAUUGACACUGCCCUUCAGUAACAACACAGCACUGCACACGAGCAUGAACCUUGCUGCAGAGUUCUGGCUGGAGAAAGACGAGUAUGGCCGGAGGGAUCUGAUGGUGGGCCAGUGCUGCACGGAGCCCAAUGUCCACGUGACAGUCCUCGCUGAGGCCAUGCCAUACAAGGUGAAACAUUUUCUUCACAACCUCAAAGAGAAUGUAGGAAAAGUUAUCCCACAUCUGGUAGAAAAUCAGGUUUGUCCUCUUGUCGGCGACCUCCUCAGGCAGCUGGAUGUGAAACUGUUGAAAGGUCUUAUGGAACAGGCAGCUGCCGAAGAACUUGAUUAACCAUGAAUCCAGGCAACAUCCGCUCAGCUCACUAAGCUCAGAGCUCAAGGCUCCUCUGCUGUUGAUCAGGAGACCCCAUCUCUUGCACCCUCUGUCUCCGUCUCUGGAAACUUAACCACAGGCCCUUUGGACACCCUAUUCUCUCCCACAAUAAACUGUAGCUUUACAGAUCA